AUGGAACAAAGCAAUAAGGAGCACAGGAAGAGAAAAGAGAAGAAUACGGCGAAGAAGAAGCUCCAUACCCAGGGUCAUAAUGCCAAGGCGUUCGCUGUCGCGGCUCCAGGUAAGAUGGCUAGGACUAUGAUGAGGUCUAGCGAUGUCAAUGAGCGCAAAUUACACGUUCCCAUGGUUGACCGUACUCCUGAAGAUGAUCCUCCGCCAGUGAUAGUGGCAGUAGUGGGACCGCCCGGUACGGGCAAAACGAUCUUGAUCAGGUCUCUGGUGAGAAGAAUGACGAAGACGACGUUAAACGAGAUCAAUGGCCCGAUCACCGUGGUUUCUGGAAAACGCAGACGAUUGACGUUCAUUGAAUGUCCAUCUAAUGACCUGAAUGCCAUGAUUGACGUCGCGAAGAUAGCUGAUCUGGUUCUGCUGCUGAUCGAUGGCAAUUUUGGGUUUGAAAUGGAGACCAUGGAGUUUCUGAAUAUCGCGCAGCACCAUGGUAUGCCUCGUGUUCUUGGGGUAGCCACACAUUUGGACCUCUUCAAGUCUCAAUCGACGCUAAGAGCGUCGAAGAAAAGGUUGAAGCAUAGAUUCUGGACAGAGGUCUACCAAGGUGCCAAGCUUUUCUACCUCUCUGGUGUUUUGAAUGGUCGUUAUCCGGACCGUGAGAUUCUCAACCUUUCGAGAUUCAUAUCCGUCAUGAAGUUUAGGCCGUUGAAGUGGAGGAAUGAGCAUCCUUACAUGCUUGUUGAUCGUAUGACAGAUCUUACUCAUCCAGAAAUACUGGAGACGCAAGGCACCAAAGUGGAUCGUAAAGUAGCGCUAUAUGGUUAUCUUCAUGGUACUCCACUGCCUUCGGCUGCUGGUACCAAAGUGCAUUUAGCUGGUGUCGGUGAUUUUGGCGUUGCCCAGGUGGAGAGACUACCUGAUCCAUGUCCGACACCAUAUUUCCAGCAGAAACUUGAUGAGUAUGAGCGUGAGAAGAUGAAGCAAGAGGGUGGAGCUGCGGCUGCCACGACCACACGCAGGCGCAAGAGACUGGAUGACAAGGAUAAAUUAAUUUAUGCCCCGAUGUCAGAUGUGGGCGGUGUUUUGAUGGAUAAGGAUGCAGUCUACAUUGAUGUUGGGAAGAAGAAUGAAGAUUUGAGUUUCGUUCCGGGCCAAGAGAAAGGAGAAGGCGAGCGAUUGGUCACUGGACUGCAAACCGCGGAAAAGAGCUACGCUGAAAUUUUUGACGGCGUCGGUCUGCAACUGUUUAGCAACAGUGCUACGAUUCAAGGUGACGAAUCUGAUGAAGAAAGCGAGCAGGAAGACGUAGAUGAAAAUCAGGAUCAAGGUAGAACUUCUCUGAGACAACCAAGGAAUCCUCAGAGAGCUACUGGCAGAGAAGAUGACCAUACAGUAAAUGACACGGCCAAUGUGGACGGAGAGGAAGACGAUGAGAACGCUAUGUCUGAAGGAGAUUCAGAUUUUGAGGCCGGUGAUGGUGAAGCUCUAGGUUGGGAAAGCUCGGUGGCUGAAAAGCUGAACGGUGAUGUCAAUCGCCGCAAAAAAUGGGACAUCGGCAAACUUAUCUAUAUGGACAAUAUUUCGCCCAAUGACUGUUUGAAAAGGUGGAGAGGAGAAGAAGACGAUGAUGCAUCUGAUAUGGAUGCUGAAGAUGCUGAAAAGGAGGACGUUGAUGAGUUCUUUCAAAAGAAAGAUACGAAAAAUACGGCUCAGGACUAUGAAGGUGACCUAGAGAAGUUUGUCCCAUAUUUCGAUACGAUUGAGAAACUUGUACAAAAAUGGAGUAGUAUUGAUGCUAUUAAAGAUAGAUUUAUUGGAACGCCGGACUUUGGAGGUGCUCAGGGUGAGCCAAAUCCAGACAACAGCGAUGAAGAACUCUAUGGCGAUUUUGAGGAUCUGGAAGAAAAUGGUGGCUCUGCUGAAAACGUUGAUGGAGAUACAGGUGAAGCUCCUGAUAUUGAUGAUGGGAGUGAUACCGAAAGUAGCGACUCUUUCACCAACUUCGAUGAGGAAGAGAAGAAAGAGCUCACUGUUGGUGAAGAGCGUGAGCUCAACGCAAGCAAGAAAGAGAAACUACGACUACAAUUUGAAAUGGAAGAGGGUGAUAACUUUAAUGAAGAUGAUCCAGAAAAUGAAUAUGACACCUGGUAUGAGCUGCAAAAGGCUAAGAUCGCCAAGCAGUUGGAUAUCAACAAUGCAGAGUUUGAAAACAUGACUCCAGAACAGCGUCAAGCUAUCGAGGGUUACAAGGCAGGGUCUUAUGUCCGUCUCGUAUUCGAAAAUGUCCCUAUGGAAUUCGUUGAAAACUUUGACUCCAAAAUUCCAAUCAUCAUAGGAGGUUUAUUACCUACGGAGCUAAAGUUCGGAAUAAUCAAUGCCAGGUUGAGAAGACACCGUUGGCAUAAGAAAAUUUUGAAGACUAAUGAUCCCCUAGUUCUAUCAUUAGGCUGGAGGAGAUUUCAAACACUGCCAGUUUAUACAACCAGUGAUUCCAGAACAAGAACGAGGAUGCUCAAGUACACCCCAGAACAUACCUACUGUAACGCCAACUUCUAUGGCCCACUUUGCUCGCCCAAUACGCCCUUCUGUGGUGUUCAAAUUGUUGCCAAUAGUGAUACUGGUGCUGGCUUUCGAAUUGCUGCCACCGGUGUUGUGGAAGAGAUCGAUGCUUCGGUGGAAAUCGUCAAGAAACUGAAGCUGGUUGGUUUCCCUUACAAAAUUUUCAAAAACACUGCAUUCAUUAAAGACAUGUUCUCAAGUGCCAUGGAGGUCGCUAGAUUUGAAGGUGCUCAGAUCAAGACUGUCUCAGGUAUCCGUGGUGAAAUCAAGAGGGCUCUAUCAAAGCCAGAGGGCCAUUUUAGAGCUACUUUCGAAGACAAGAUUCUGAUGAGCGACAUUGUAAUCUUAAGGUCCUGGUAUCCCGUUCAAGUUAAAAGAUUCUAUAAUCCUGUGACCUCUUUGCUACUAAAGGAUAAGACGGAGUGGAAGGGAAUGAGAUUAACGGGACAGAUCAGAGCUGACCAAGGGCUGGAGACUCCAUCGAAUCCUGAUAGUGCUUACAAAAAGGUUGAGCGCGUCGAUAGACACUUCAAUGGGCUCAAAGUGCCUAAAUCCAUUCAAAAGGAUUUACCAUUCAAAUCUCAAAUUCAUCAGAUGAAGCCACAGAAGAAGAAGACAUACAUGGCAAAAAGAGCAGUUGUGCUGGGUGGCGAGGAAAAGAAGGCUCGUACUUUUAUUCAAAAUGUCUUGACCAUCUCAAAGGAUAAAGAACAAAGAAGGAAAGCGAAGAAGCAGGAUCAACGGAAGGAGAGACUGAAGAAGCUAGCAAAAGCUGAGGAGGAAAGAACCCAGAAGGAUAAAGAGAAGAAAAAACAGUUCUUCGCCGCCAACGGCAAGAAAAGGGCUAACGGGGACGAUGAGAGCCGUGCUUCGAGUAAGAGGAGAAAAUGA